UAAACAGCCGCUGUAAUUUUAACCACCUCGGGUACGUUAUCGUCGGACCCCCCCCCUAAGUAUCAGUUUAACCACACCGCGUUAACUGAUUCCGGUGCGAAAACUUAUCAUAGGGUUACGUUAUUGUAAAUAACGUCAGCUCCCCUGGGAUCAGUCCGGUCUGCUGCUGCAGCCCGAGUCAAACAACCUCCAUCCAACUCACAACACUAUUCAGGGAAAAAUGGCGACCCGAGUCCUUCAAAGAGUGGGCAACGGCCUCAAACGGACGAGAAACGGGCUCCGGGCGAACGGACAGGUCACGGUUGUCGUAAGGAGCCUCUCGGCUUUCCGCGAAGACAGCUGGUUCAAGUCUCUGUUUGUUAGAAAGGUCGACCCAAGAAAAGACGCUCACUCUCAUCUGCUCGCUAAGAAAGAAGACAACAAUCUGUACAAAAUACAGUUUCACAAUGUCAAACCUGAAUGCCUUGAUGCUUACAAUCAACUUUGUGAGGACGUCUUGCCUUCCAUUCAUGCUGACCCCGAAUACCCUUGUGAGCUUGUGGGCACCUGGAACACAUGGUACGGAGAGCAGGAUCAGGCAGUUCACCUGUGGAGAUAUCGGGGAGGAUACCCGGCUCUCACCGAAGUCAUGAACAAACUCAGGCAGAAUAAGGAGUUUAUGGAACACAGGAGAGAGAGGGGGAAGAUGCUGCUGUCUCGUAGGAACCAGUUGCUGCUGGAAUUUAGUUUCUGGAACGAACCUGUCCCUCGUUCCGGACCCAACAUCUAUGAGCUCCGUUCAUACCAACUCAGGCCAGGCACGAUGAUUGAGUGGGGAAAUUACUGGGCGCGUGCUAUUGAGAUACGCCAAAAGAAUCACGAGGCGGUUGGAGGCUUUUUCUCACAGAUAGGAAGUCUGUACACAGUUCAUCACUUAUGGGCUUACAAAGACCUUCAGUCCAGAGAAGACACCAGAAAUGCAGCCUGGCAGCGUGACGGCUGGGAUGAGGUUGUUUAUUACACAGUCCCUCUUAUUCAGCACAUGGAAUCUAGAAUAAUGAUUCCCAUGAAAGCUUCGCCAAUGAAGUAACAAACACUGGGAGAACCUCUCAGCAACCACUGCAACUAUCACACUGGUCUGUAGAAGGUGUAACCAACUAUCUGAGUGUGCACUGCCAGGGAUGUCAGCGUAACAUCAACGUGUUGUUUCAGCUUUUGUUUCAAUUUUUCUUUCUUUCUUUACUCCCUUUUCCUGUGUGGGCCUAGAAUGUCUUAUUUCAGUUGAUCACCAAAACUGUAUCUGUUACAAUGGUUACUGUGUUACUGACAAAAUAUAAUUUGACACACUCAUC